AUGGCGUCGAUUUGUUAUGCAAGUGCCGUGGUAGUCUGCCUCUUAGGAAUACAUUUUUCUACGGCGGACAUCGAUCACGCAACAAAACCACUGAUAGUUGGUUCCAGUGACCAAUUAUCAGAGAAAGAAAUAUUCCGUUCGGAAUUGCCCAUUCCCAUCAAACUAAACUAUAGGAAUCAACAAUUUCCUAUUAAAAAUGAUAGGGUCCCGAUUGUAGCAUUGGAAAAGCAAAGAGCCACAAACGAUAACAAAUUGUCGACUGAAGGAAACGUAUUCAAGGAGGCAAUUUACCAAGAUUAUGAUGAGCCUCCUACCGACUUCGCUCUGAAAAGGUUUUGGGGAAAGUGGAGGAGAAGGAGAACGUCUACAAGGCUCCCAACAACUGUAACCUCAGAUCCAGCAUCAACAGGAUCCCCAACAACAUCUACUGCCAUACCGACAUCCACAGGAUCCCCAACAACAUCUACUGCCAUACCGACAUCCACAGGAUCCCCAACAACAUCCACUGCCAUACCAACAUCAACAGGAUCCCCAACAACAUCCACUGCCAUACCGACAUCAACAGGAUCUCCAACAACAUCCACUGCCAUACCGACAUCAACAGGAUCCCCAACAACAUCCCCCGCCAUACCGACAUCAACAGGAUCCCCAACAACAUCCACUGCCAUACCGACAUCAACAGGAUCCCCAACAACAUCCCCCGCCAUACCGACAUCAACAGAAUCCCCAACAACAUCCACUGCCGUUCCGACAUCAACAGGAUCCCCAACAACAUCCCCCGCAAUACCGACAUCAACAGGAUCCCCAACAACAUCCCCCGCCAUACCGACAUCAACAGCAUCCCCAACAACAUCCACUGCUAUACCGACAUCAACUGCAUCCCCAACAACAUCUCCCGCUAUCCCGACAUCUACAACAACCAUGACACAGACUCCAACCACAUCAACAGCAAUUCCAACGUCGACGACAACCACAACACAGUCCCCAACAACUUCAACAGCGAUUCCGACAACCACAACAGAGUCAUCGACAACAUCCACGGCAAUUCCGACCUCUACGACAACCACAACAGAGUCAUCGACAACAUCCACAGCAAUCCCAAUAUCUACAACAACCACAACAGAGUCAUCGACAACAUCCACAGCAAUCCUAACAUCUACAACAACCACAACAGAGUCCCAAACAACAUCCACGGCAAUUCCGACCUCUACGACAACCACAACAGAGUCAUCGACAACAUCCACGGCAAUUCCAACUUCUACAACUACCACAACAGAGUCAUCGACAACAUCCACGGCAAUUCCAACAUCCACAACUACCACAACAGAGUCAUCGACAACAUCCACAGCAAUCCCAACAUCUACAACAACCACAACAGAGUCAUCGACAACAUCCACAGCAAUUCCAACAUCUACAACUACCAUAACAGAGCCAUCGACAACAUCCACAGCAAUCCCAACAUCUACAACAACCACAACAGAGUCAUCGACAACAUCCACAGCAAUCCCAACAUCUACAACAACCACAACAGAGUCAUCGACAACAUCCACAGCAAACCCAACAUCUACAACAACCACAACCGAGUCAUCGACAACAUCCACAGCAAUUCCAACAUCGACGACAACCACAACAGAGUCAUCGACAACAUCCACAGCAAUCCCAACAUCUACAACAACCACAACAGAGUCCCAAACAACAUCCAUGGCAAUUCCGACCUCUACGACAACCACAACAGAGUCAUCGACAACAUCCACGGCAAUUCCAACUUCUACAACUACCACAACAGAGUCAUCGACAACAUCCACGGCAAUUCCAACUUCUACAACUACCACAACAGAGUCAUCGACAACAUCCACAGCAGUUCCAACAUCUACAACAACCACAACAGAGUCAUCGACAACAUCCCCUGCAAUUCCAUCGUCGACAACAACUACAACCCAGUCUCCAACAACAUCCCCUGCAAUUCCAUCGGCGACAACAACUACAACCCAGUCUCCAACAACAUCAACAGCAAUUCCAACAUCUACAACAACCACAACAGAGUCCCAAACAACAUCAACAGCAAUUCCGACCUCUACAACACCCACAACUUAGGGUCCGACAUCAGCCCCAAUGGAUAUAACAGUAAAGUAUUUUUUAAUACAAAAGCAUAAAAA